AGCAGGAAGCGUAAAAUUAUUGGUGCGGACAAUCUGAAUUUCACCAUCUGGAAUGUUUUGAAAUAUCUCACUUAAAGUCACAGACCUCAGUUUGUAAAGAAGAAGUCUCUUGUAUUUUAGUAAUUCCCCCGCGAAGAACAAUAUCUUGCAGGGUUGUCGAGGUGAGCUGCAGCUUAUGUGGAGAUGGAGGAACGAGCUCGCAGCUGUCUGCUGCACUUUAGAGCCACUCUGGAGCAAGACAUCAAAGCCUCUUACCUGAUGGACCACAUGAUCAGCGAUGGGGUCCUGACCAAUGAUGAGGAAGAGAGAGUGCUCAGCAAGGCCACCAGAAAGGAGCAGGCUGCAGCCCUGCUGGAGUUGUUGUUGAGGAAAGACAACAGGGCUUACAUCUCCUUUUAUAAUGCUCUGAUCAGUGAGAGUUAUGGAGAUCUAGCCAGCCUCCUUCAUAAUGACCUGCCUCUGCUCAGCCCUGAGGGAGAGAGAAGCUUUGCAGAUGGAGUGUCUCCCUCUGUCCAGUUGAUUCUGAGUGAAGGUGGUGUUCCUCAGAGACCCGUUGUGUUUGUGAGCCGACCCGCUCUGCUUAACCUGAUCCGGGAGAAUCUCUACCGUCUGCAGGACACAACGGGUUGGGUCACUGUGUUUGGCAUGGCGGGCUCAGGGAAGUCUGUGAUGGCUGCAGAAGCUGUUAGAGACCGUGCUCUCAUUAAGGAGUGUUUUCCGGAUGGUGUUCACUGGCUCUCUGUCGGGCAGUGUGAGCGGGCAGACUUGCUGGUGAGAAUGCAGUCUCUGUGUUUCCGCUUGGAACAGGGUCAAAGUUCAGAUGCAAGCCAGCGGCCACCCUGCUCUGUGGAAGAGGCCAAAGAACGCCUGCGUUUUCUAAUGCUCCGCAGGUUUCCCAGGUCCCUGCUGAUUCUGGACGAUAUCUGGGACAGCUCUACUCUCAGGUCCUUUGAUAUCCAGUGCAGAGUCCUCUUGACCACGCGGAAUAGAGGUCUGACUGAAUCAGUUAGCGGUAAAAGGUUUGAAGUGCCAGUUGAUAACGGUCUAGAUGAGGAGAAAGCCUUGGAAGUUCUUGCUUUGUAUGUAAAUGAGAAACCACAGAAGCUUCCAGAACAGGCCCGCAGCAUUGUCAACGAAUGCAAAGGCUCUCCUCUGGUGGUGUCUCUGAUCGGAGCUCUGUUGAGGGAGUUUCCAGACCGCUGGGGCUACUAUCUGCGGCAGCUGAAGAUGAAGCAGUUCAAGCGGAUCCGUAAGUCUUCAUCCUAUGACUAUGAAGCCUUGGAUCAGGCCAUGGACGCCAGCCUGCAAGUCCUGGAAGUUGAACACCGAGAUCUGUACAGAGACCUGAGCGUCAUGCAGAAAGACAUCAAAGUGCCUGCUAAGGUUCUGUCUGUGCUGUGGGGUCUUGAGUUGGAGGAGGUGGAGGACGUCCUACAGGAGUUUGUGAAUAAAUCUCUGCUGUUUCGGGACUGUAACCAGCGGCCGUACCUCUAUUACCUUCACGACCUGCAACUGGACUUUCUCACUGAACAGAACCGCAAUGAAUUGACUGAACUGCAUAAAAAGAUGGUCCGUCAAUACCAGCAGUUCUAUAAGAAAGGCGCACCCAGAUCUGGAGAUAAAGAGUGUUUGUACUGGUAUCACUUUCUGCCAUAUCACAUGGCUAAAGCAGACCUCUCUAAGGAGCUUUGUUCACUUAUGUUUUCCUUGGACUGGGUCAGAGACAAAGCUCAGAUUAUGGGAUCUGCUCAUCUCAUCAAUGACUAUGUGGAAUAUGGUGAAAUAUUAGACAAAGAGAAUAGUGAGGUGAGACUGCAGUUUCAGGAGUUCCUCUCUCUGAACGGGCAUCAGCUGGAACAGAGGCCGUUUCCUGACUUGGUGCAGCUGGCUCUGUCUCAGCCCGCCUGCUCUGAAGUUUACAGGCAGGCCUUGAUGCAGGCGCAGGACAGAGCCACUAGGGGGCAGCUCUAUCUUGACUGGGUGAACAAAAAUAGUCAGGACAGUUUGUCUCGGCUGGUCAUUCAUCCUCACCAGGGGUCCAUAUAUUAUGCCUGUUUCUCCAGAGAUGGGAGCAAAAUCGCCUCCUGUGGGGCCAGCAAGACUCUGCGGGUUUUUAAGACGACCUCUGGAGAGAAGCUUCUAGAACUACAAGCUCAUGAUGAUGAUGUUCUGUGCUGUGCCUUUUCCCCCGACAGCCGUUACAUAGCAACCUGCUCUAGUGAUAGGAAAGUUAAGUUGUGGAAUGUUGAGCGAGGUUCUCUGGUCAGAGAGUUUGCCGAGGAACAUGUCGAACAGAUAAACCACUGCCAGUUCACCAACACGGGUCAACGUGUCUUGCUGGCCACCUGCUCUAAUGACAAAUUCAACAAUACCAAGCUGUGGAACCCGAACAAGACGACCUCUCAGAACACUAUGUUCGGACACAUGGAGCCUGUCAAUCACUGCUGCUUUUCUCCCAACGACGCCUACCUCGCCACUUCAUCUAGUGACGGCACCUUAAAGCUGUUUGAGGUGUCUUCUGCCAAUGAGUGGAAAUCAAUCGAUGUCAAUAGUUUUUUCCCGGAAAGUGACGAUGAAAUAAAUGUCAUUGUGAAAUGCAGCACCUGGUCGUCUGACAGCUCGCGGGUCAUUUGUGCUGCCAGGAACGCUGUGUUUGUGUUUGAUGUAGCUACAUCAAAAAUGCUUUUGGAGAUGAGGACUAGUCGCCUGAGUACAGUGCAGUACUGCCACGUGUGUCCCAACACCAAUCUGCUGGCCGUCGCUCUCUCCCAUUACACUGUAGAGCUGUGGAAUUUUGAGACCAGUAAGAAGAAAGCUGAAUGCAACGGUCACCUGAGCUGGGUUCACUGUGUACAGUUCUCUCCUGAUGGUUCACUUCUCCUGUCUUCCUCUGAUGAUCAGACCAUCAGGAUGUGGGAGACAGACAGUGUUCACACUUCCUCUGCUGUGGCUCUGAAGAGGGACUCUGAUGUUCUGUUCUCCCAGAAUGAUGUUACAAUAGUGGCAGCUGACAGCAGAAACCGAUUACAGGUACGGACCGGAUCUGCAGGUGCUAUUUUGUUCGAGAGUGAGGAAUUUCCAUCUAGGAUCCGCUGUACGUGCAUCUGCAAACAUGCUCCUCUUGUGGCCCUAGGGGCUGAGAAUGGAAGCGCACAGGUGAUAGAGGUUCCGUCUGGAAACUGUCUAGCGGAGCUCUCGGGUCACACUAGAACAGUUCACCACUGUCAGUUCACUGAUGAUGGUCAGACCCUCAUCACAUCCUCAGAGGAUUCCACUAUUCGGUUGUGGAAAUGGAGGACAGGUGAGUAUUUGGUGCUGGAGGGUCAUAUGGAACCGGUCAGAAAAUUCCACCUGUUGAACUCCUCUUCCUCUCCUCAUCUGCUCUCUUGGUCGUUUGAUGGCACUGUUAAGAUUUGGGAUCUAAACAGUGGACAGAGGCUGCAGGACCUGGCAUGUCAUAAUGGAGCUGUCCUGUCAUGUGACACAUCUUCUGAUGGACGGCUCUUUGCCACCGCCUCAGCCGAUAGGACUUCAAAGGUGUGGAGCACUGCCUCAUGGGAAAUGCUGUUUUUGCUGAAGGGACACAAAGACUGCGUCCGUAGCUGCUGUUUUUCUUGGGACAACAAACGGCUUGCAACGGGCGAUGACAAUGGAGAAAUCAGGCUGUGGAGCAUGUUGGAUGGCGCUCUCCUGAAGAUUUGUUCCCGGGACACUAAAGACUCCAUGGAUUCUUUCCACGGCGGAUGGGUGACUGAUCUGCAUUUCUCCCCGGAUAACAGAGUACUCGUUUCUACGGGAGGAUACAUCAAGUGGUGGAGCGUGGAGACGGGAGAGGCCCUGCAGACUUUCUACACAAUGGGAGCCAAUCUGAAGAAGAUCCAUGUGUCAACUGACUUCACAAAGUUUAUAACCAUUGACAGCAUCGGAAUCCUUUACAUUUUACAGAAAGUGGAGGGAGGAGGGAUCUAGGUCUUUUUUUUAUUGUUUUAACUGUGCUAUAUGUACAAUCCUGGGAACAUUUUUAAAUAGUUUUAAUGCACUUAAGUUUAAUAUUCAUGCACAUGACAAAGUUUUCUAUUGAAUUCAUUCGUAAUAUUUGGUUAUGAGCUUUUGAAAAUUACUUGCCUGAUUGGUGUGUCAUAAUGUUGCUUUGAAGAAUCUUUGCUUUUCUAGGACAAUCUCUGUCGUAAUUGAAUACAAGUACUCCAUGACCCACAUUAACAAAGCCCAUUCUGGCAUAUUAAGAUCCUUUUUUUAUAUAAUAUAUAUAUAUAUAUAUGAGAGAUUAUAAGCAGCACUGUGUUGGUUUUCCUCUGAGCCAUCCAUUCCAACUGAUGCCUUUAUAGCUCUAAAAAUAUAUCUGAAAGAAGCACAUCUUUGGGGAUGUGCCUUAUUUUUUGCAUACAAAGCUCAGGUUUGAUCAGGGAUUUGUGAGAAGCAGAGUAACAGAGAUGCUUCAUGCAUGGUCUUUAAAAAGGCUCGCCAAUUAAAGCUGGCCUUUUGAGGGACACUGUGUGCUAACCUUAUUUCAACAAACUUUUUAUUUAAUUUAUCUAAACUGGUGCACUAAAAACAGUCUGGAGUACAUAAUAUAGCACAGUAGGUGGGAAGGGAAGUUUCUUGGUGAGACUUGUGAAAAAACACAAUAAGAGAGAAAUCACACAUCAGCACUUUGUAAAUAAAUGUUAUUGUCUUUAUGGUACUUGUUUGAUGAAUGAAGAAAGGAGAAUUCUGUCAUUAUUAAUCACUCUCUUGUCAUUCCUGUCCAGUAUGACUUUCUUCUCUGAAACACAAAAGGAGGUGUUGGGCAGAAUGUUUAUCUUAGUCACCAUUCACUUCCAUGGUAUGGAAAAAUAGUAGUGUCAACAUUCUUCAAAAUUUCUCUUUGUGUCCCAAGUCACACAGUGUAAGUCACAUAGGAUUAGAAUGUCAUGAGGGUGAAUAAAUGAGGUAAAUUACAUUUACGGGUGAAUAAUCCCAUUAAUAAUGUGUGACCAAUCAGCAUUAGGGCUCUUUAAAGUUAUAUACCAAAUAUAAGUGCUCUAACAGGAAGUACAAUCCAGAGCUUUGUCUCAGUGCAGAACAACAGUCCAAUGGAUUGCCAAAGGGUACAUCUACACAUUUCUGUUUGACAUUUAAGUAAUAAUGUUCUAAUGUGAAUACAAAAUAUGAUGGCAAGCUCUUUUAAAAGCAUCCAGGGUUGUUUAUUGUUUUGAAGUGCCCCCCUCCAUGUACUCAGGCAAAAUUAUUUUUUCCACUGUCUAAAUGUAAUUUAUAAUACCCUUUAUCAAUGUGAUUUUUAAUGUUGGUAAUGUGUAUUAUCAGCACAGUAUUUUCAAUGGUUUCUUAUGGCAUUAAAUUAGAUGUACCUGGAAUUUUGGAUUUAAUGUAACAUCUUGCAAAAUCUCAGUUUAAAAAUGUUAGGAAUGUUCAGUUGCAAAGCACAAAGCUAAAGGAACAAUUAUAAAUGUGAGAGAUGUGGAGAGAGAGAUUGAGAAAGGGGGCACAGGGCACUCUAAUGGCUGGCUUUGCUGACACAGCAGUGGUCAUGCUCCGUCUGUUUCUGACACUUCCUGUUGGCAGCUGGCUGAUCCGAGCAGACGGCACACUAUCAUGUCCAAAUGACAUCCUCAAAUUGAGCUCUGCACAACACUUUACACUGUAGCUUACAAUCAGAGAUUGAGCAAAGCAUACAAAAUCUGAGAGGUGGAUGUAUUUGUGUUAUAUUUCUUAUUUUUCUGGGAGAACUCCUAAUCCUAUGAUAUUAUGGUCUUUCAUCUUUUUUUUUUUUCUUUCAUUUCAGUGUGGGCUGUGUGGGAGAAGACAGUGGUAAAAAUAGACAUUAAAAGCAAUACCACAAAUACAGUUCAUUGCAUAAGGCACAGUUUCAUCAGUUUUUCCAUGACAUCAAGUAAAGUUUAAUAUGAAGCAGUGUGAUAGACACAAUAUUGCGUCAUAGGAAUUCAAGAGUUUGAGGAGGAAAGCUGACUUGGGAUAAGAUUAUUUAGUGCCUUUACCAAGCCAAGAAUUGAUGGCAAUGAAUUAAACGUGUGAUUGAUUGAUUGACUGACUGUUAGACUUGUCUUGCUUAGAGCAAGAAUUGAACACACAAUCUUACGGUCAUAAGAACACAUGGCAGCUGUGCUGCCCACUACAUAGAAGCCCUUCAUAAUUUUUGCCAAUCAAAAUUUCUAUAGUGUAGUGGAUAGCAUGCUUGUCAAGAGUUGAUUAAAGAUGCAAGUUCAAAUCUUGCAGUGUGUUCAGAACACACUUAAAAGGAACUUUUUGUUCCAUAACCACUGCUGGUCAAUGCUCCAGCAGGGACCAACCAACCAACCAUCCCCCCACCCCACCCCCUUUCUCCAGGUGCACCCUUCACAUCAUUCAUCAAUUGAUCACAGCACUUUAAUUCUAGAGAUCCAGCUGGGAUUAGAACCAGCAUCCUCUAACACCAGGAGGCAGUGCUCAUACCGGUGAACCACAGAUCUCUUACCAUUGAUUGUGAAAGAACUUCUAGUUCACUAUUAAUUUAAGAAGCCUAAUGAAAGACUAUAAAAUCACAGGAUUAGGAAAGAGAGAACACAUUGGAGGAUGCUAGGUUUGAACCACCAACCUCACACUGUGAAGCAGUGCUCAUACCACUGACCUCUUGCUGCUUAAUGCAAAAGAACUUGAUACUUCACUUUUGAAUAAGUGAGCCUGAAGAUGCCACACCUGCAAUCCAUACAACCCGGUUGCUUCACUAUGUUCAGAGUGGUGUGGUCCAGUGGAUAAGGCUAUGGUGUGAGAACCCAAAAUUGGGGGGUUUAAACCUGCAAGAGCUGAUGCAGGUGGAUUAUUCUUAAAAAUCAUAGUUGAACUUGUUUCUAUAUUAAUUUUUGCUCUUAUCUUGAUUUGAAGCUUGGGAACUUGGCCAAGUCAUCAAUAGUAUUAGUAUUUCAUCUUCUUUCCUCUACUUGGUAACAUAAAUUUGCAGAUAUUUAUUCAUCACAAUAGGUCUCCAUGGCCGUGAUAAAUCAAAUAAUAAAGUUGUCAUCAAACUGUUUCAUUUAUAAUUGGUAUCUUACUGUGACAUCAUGUUUACUGGUUUCCAGUAGCUCAUUCAUGCUGGUGAGAGCUCUUUCAUGACCUCUUUAUGAUGUUAAAGUCUGGAUUGAGGUAGGAGAAGCUGGCCAGAGAUUAGCUUUAUAUAAUCCUGCCAGAGUUCCUGGAGCCCCUUUACAGCAUGCAGUGAUCAGUUCUGGUCUGGCUAAUCAGAGAGCCAUGUUUCUCUGUCUCCCUCAAUCAAAGCCGGAGUCCCUUAUUGUGCUAAACGUACUGCAUUUCCCAUAGGUCUUUGACAGGGCUGAGCUUGAAUUAUAUCACACUUUCCCUCAGACACCCUCAUCUACAGUGUGAACAAGAUUUUGAUGUAACGUGGGGGUUGCAUAUUUCUCUCGUCUUCUCUUCCUCCUCAAUUUGCCUUUCAUUACAUUCUCAGAUCGUAUUUUCUGGUGAAAUGUCGGUGGAGGCUGAGAGAAGACGCAUACAACCAGAAGCUAUUUCUCAAACUGUUACAUAACCCAUUGCAGUAUCCUUCAGUCAAAGCCACCUACUGUCAAAUUCUGCUUCGUUGAAUCAUGUUUUUAGCCUUUUGCGGAUGUAACGGAAACUGAUGGUUGGAAUCAGUAGGUGAUGUUCUUUUCUAUUUCCAGCACGUAUUGAUUACUGAGGUAGUGCGAUCAUUAACUGUAUGUUUCUAUACUAUGCAUGUCAAGGAAGUACAGAAUUUGCGGAAGUCUUUGUGAAUGGUUUAACAGAAAUAAACAAUAAAUUAAUGUAACAAAAGUAAUAAAUAGUGAUUAUUACACAGAAAAAUCUGAAAGCCAAGCAUAAAAUACAGUUGUGAAUGAGAAUAUCCUGUUUACUGGCUACAAUGUGCCCUCAACCACUCUGGUUGUGAAUAUUGAUCAAAGACUGGAUGGCACAAAGCAGAUCAAAUCCAGUGUCUAUAGUACCUGAUUUGGAGACAAGAGCAGAGUUCUCCCAGGCUGAAGGUUCAUAUAUCCUUUGAUCUUCCAAUAAGUUUAAGGGCCUGCAUUGCUUUCCUGACAUUAUUACUCUCAGUUUUACCUAGAACAUCCACAGACAACCAUGGCACCCCCUUGAACUUGUUCCUUCAUGUUGUCUCCAGUUGCAAGGCUUUGGUCAUCUCUGACUCGUGUGCAGGUGUAAGCUGUCCUCCCCCCC